AUGUCACCCACAGAGGAAACACCAACACCAGGGCCUAGGCCGACCCCUGCGCCUGAAAUCACCCAAUCAAGCGUAGGAGGGGCCUUGGGCCCCGCCGAAACGCCGAGAUCCGUCCCCGGAGGCGCAACCGUCGUCUACGCCGAGCAGAAGCGAACGGGACGUCCUACAAACGCACCGGCCCGGCGCCCAAGCCACCGCCCGAAAAUGCCUCCAGGUAGCCGAAUCUCGCCCAGCGGGCUGAAGCGGAACCGCACGGACGCACGCCGGAGAGAGGGGACUCCCUUCAAGCGGAGCCACAAGGUCUCGUGUUCGGAGGAGCGGAGCCGGCAUUUGAUCGGACGGCGGGGGCAGACGCGUGCCAGGGACAAGAUCUACUGUUGGACAACGCUGUAG